AUGUCCUCCCAAGACACCCUCCCGUCCCAGCACCGCGCUCUGGUUCUUGAAACCGUUGGUGCUGGCUUUCAAAUCAAACAGCUUCCAACCCCCCAGCCCAUUCAUGGCAGCGCCGUCAUCAAAGUAGAGCAGGCAGGGAUUCUGUCCUACCACCACGAGAUCUACAACGGAGUUCGCAAAUACGACUUCCCCAAGCCUAUCGUGGGCGGGUGUAGUUCCAUCGGCCGCGUCGUUGCUUUGGGACCAGACGCUACGUCCUUGAAGGUUGGUCAGUUGGUCUACGCGGACUGUGUCAUAUACGGCCGCGAUGACCCUGAUCACCGCUUUCUCACGGCCAUUCACCACGGCGGAACCGAGGGCAGCCAGAAGCUAUGUAGAGACGUUUGGCGAAACGGGCCAUUCGCUGAAUACCUGUCGGCACCUCUGGAAAACUGCAUUCCACUGGACGAGGCACGACUAUGCGGAGAGCUGGGAUAUACAGUAGAGCAGUUGAUGUACAUCGGCUGGCUCAUUGUUCCAUUCGGCGGAUUCCGCGACAUCAAUCUCCAACCCGGGGAGACAGUCAUCAUCAGCCCGGCCACCGGCCCAUAUGGAGGUGCAGCUGUUCAGACGGCCGUCGCCAUGGGCGCGACAGUGAUUGCCAUGGGCCGCAACGAGGCAGAGUUGGCAAGGUUGAAAGCACACGUGAAAAAGGGCACUCCGUCCGCCAGGAUCGAGACUGUCAGAAUCUCGGGUGACCAGGCUGCCGACACUGCCUCCCUGCAGGCGUUUGGUCCCGUCGACGCGGUCCUGGACUUCUCGCCGCCCAUGGCUGUCGCGGCAAAGUCGACUCAUCUGAAGAGUGCCUUGUCCUGCCUGCGGCGCAAUGGGCGAGCGAGUCUGAUGGGCUUUGUCGGCACAGAGCUGCCGAUAGACUCGUGGAGUUUUAUCAGCAAGAACAUCACUCUCAAGGGGAAACUAAUGUAUGAAAGAGAGGAUAUGCUGCUUUUUAGCAAGAUGCUGCACGGCGGACGCUUCCCAAGGGGAGAGGAUUUCGCGGACAUAAAGACGUAUCCGCUGGAGGACUGGAAGAAUGCAUUGGAUGAAGCGGCAGAGUUUACUGGAAUUGGCAGGCUUGUUUCGCUGUCGCCAACGAAGGCUGCCUAA